AUGCAGCAUAGUGACGCUGUGCCGAGAGAUCCUUUGAGUUUUUAUGGAAGUAUUUUUGGAACCAACAAAGAGGAAACUGGCGAAAGGAUAAGCUUGCGAACGAAAAAUGAUCGUCGAAGACUUGUUGUAAAAGUGCAGCAAGUACUGCCAGCUACCUUUAUACUUCCACCUGCUCGACUUGAACAAUUGCUGAAUCAAGCACGUGUCACACAAGUGUCCAGGUGCCGAGUUCAUAUGAGCCGCGGAGAGUCAGAAGGCCUGGAAGCUGCAGAUGUUUUUGUAGAUCACAGCUGCCAGAAGCACCUUUCGCCUUUCUACGUCAACACUCAGACUAUCAAUGACCACAAAUUUGAAGUUUGGUGCGUGGAGUUUUCUCCAGAUGGAAGCCUUUUAGCCAGUUGCUCGAGAUCGACUCGCAUAUUCAUCCACUCGGUGUGA